GAACAGUUUAUAAUUCAACUAAUCCUAUAGUGACAGUGAGUCAACAUAAAUUUUUUUAACAACUUUAACACGUUUGAUAAAGAGUAAUUGCAACAGCAGAUAUGGCUGAUGAAGACCAGCGCCUUCGUGAUAUACAAAGGGAAUAUCUGGAUUUCCUGGAUGAUGAGGAGGAUCAAGCGACGUACACAAACCAUGUCCGUAAAAUGAUAACGGACAAUGCAAAACGCCUUGUAGUAAACGUUAAUGACCUGCGUCGGAAAAAUCCGAUGCGUGCGCAGGCACUGUUGAAUAGUGCCUUCGACGAGCAGUUGGCUUUUUCGCGUGCAUUAAAGGAAUACGUUUCGACGGUCGAUCCUAGUUAUGCCAAAACGCAUGAGGAUUUUUUCGUUGCUUUUGAGGGCAGCUUCGGUAACAAGCAUGUCACUCCCCGUUCGCUCACUUCAAGUUAUUUGGGAAAUUUAGUAUGCGUAGAAGGCAUCGUAACUAAAGUGUCACUCAUUAGGCCAAAAGUGGUGAAAAGUGUACACUAUUGCGAUGCUACCAAGAAGGUAAUGGAGCGCCGAUACACUGACUUAACUUCAUUUGAAGCAGUUCCCUCCAGUGCUGUCUAUCCAACUAAAGAUGACGAUGGCAAUCCGCUGGAGACGGAAUUUGGCCUGUCGGUGUACAAGGACCACCAGACAUUAAGCAUCCAGGAAAUGCCCGAGAAAGCCCCUGCAGGGCAAUUGCCCCGAUCAGUAGACGUGAUUUGCGACGAUGAUCUGGUUGAUCGCUGUAAGCCUGGUGAUCGAGUGCAGAUUGUGGGUAACUAUCGCUGUUUACCUGGAAAGCAAGGCGGAUAUACCACUGGAACUUUCCGAACCAUUUUGAUCGCCAAUAACGUGUCGCAGCUGAAUAAGGAAAGUACGCUCAAUGUUACCAGAGAGGAAAUUAAUUUAUGUAAAAAAUUGGCCAAGAAUAACGAUAUAUUUGAACUUUUAUCUAAGAGUUUGGCUCCAUCGAUCCACGGUCAUGAAUACGUUAAAAAGGCGAUUUUGUGCUUAUUACUGGGUGGAAUUGAAAAAAAUUUAGCGAACGGGACUAGGUUGCGAGGGGAUGUUAACGUCCUGCUAAUUGGUGAUCCUAGUGUGGCCAAAUCGCAGUUGCUGCGUUACGUAUUGAACACGGCACCUCGUGCCAUUACAACUACUGGACGAGGUUCCAGCGGUGUUGGUCUGACAGCAGCUGUUACUACGGAUCAAGAAACUGGAGAACGACGAUUGGAAGCUGGCGCUAUGGUGCUAGCCGAUCGUGGUGUUGUCUGUAUUGACGAGUUUGAUAAGAUGAGUGACAUUGAUCGGACAGCCAUACACGAAGUGAUGGAACAAGGUAGAGUUACCAUUUCGAAGGCCGGCAUCCACGCUGCUCUUAAUGCUAGAUGCUCGGUUCUAGCGGCAGCCAAUCCUGUGUAUGGAAGGUACGACCAGUACAAAACACCCAUGGAAAACAUUGGAUUGCAAGAUUCACUGCUUUCCCGUUUUGAUUUGUUGUUUGUUAUGCUUGACGUAAUCGACAGCGAUCACGAUCGAAUGAUUUCGGAUCACGUUGUACGAAUGCAUCGCUAUCGGAAUCCUAAAGAGCAAGAUGGAGAUGUUCUUCCGAUGGGAAUUAGCGCAGUAGACAUGUUGUCUACCAUUAAUCCUGAAACCCGUGAUGAUAAGGAAACGCCAAUGUACGAAAAGUACGAUCCACUAUUGCACGGAAGUACACGUAAGCGUACGGAUCAGAUUUUGUCGAUGGAAUUCAUGCGCAAAUACAUACAUAUUGCGAAAUGUUUAAAGCCGAAGUUGACGGAGGCGGCUUGUGAACUCAUUUCAAAUGAAUACUCUCGUUUGCGGUCACAAGACCUGAUGGAUUCGGACGUUGCACGAACGCAGCCAGUCACAGCUCGUACACUGGAGACGCUCAUUCGUCUGUCAACUGCCCACGCUAAGGCACGUAUGGCACGAACCGUGGCAGAAAAAGAUGCCCAAGCGGCUAUAGAGUUGAUCCAGUUUGCUUACUUUAAGAAGGUUCUAGAAAAAGAGAAAAAGAAGAGGAAACGAACGGAGGAUGGUUCCGAGGAUGAGGAAGAGGAGCAAAAUGAGGAUGUUGAUGAACAGGAAACUGUCAGCAGUCAGAGCACUCGCGCCAGUCGUCGUGCAAAGCGUACCCGCGUUGAAGAUCAGGACGAAUCAGAUACGGAAGAGCUGGUUUCAACCGUACCGGAUGCUGGUGAUUUAACAAAACGUGCUUCUAUUUCGGCAGUAGCUUCCCGCCCAAGCGAAGCUGCUUCUACGAUGCCGAUGGAAACGGAUUCAGAAGUUGAAGUAAUUUCAGAAGACCGCUUCAAACUAUUUAAACAGGGAGUGCAUCAAGCCUUCCGCCAGGCACGUGAACAAUCCAUUGCCCUGGCUCGGCUGACAAAGAGUAUUGACGAAAGCAGUGGAACAGAGGCGUUCAGUCAGGGUGAAGUAAGGGCUGCUAUCGCAAGGAUGACCGACGAUAAUCAAAUCAUGAUGCAUGAUGAUAUUGUCUUUUUGAUCUAGGACUGUGCCGUACCCGUACGUUUCCCUAAAAUUGAAUGUGUGUACCUAUUUUUGUUCAUGAAUAAUAUUUUACUUCAACUAUAAAUAACAGCAGCCAUUGAAUAUGUUUUCUGUGCAAAUUUGAUGUUUUCCCUUUUGGUAAACAGUCGAAUGACAUCGUAGAAUGAUUAUUUUUGCAUUUAAGGAAAUUUAUUCGCAUGUCAUUUCGUACAAGAAACAGAGAUUCGAUCUUGCUCUUUGUCAUGUCAACUUUUCUUAAG